AUGUCCUCGACUACCAAGAGGGUCAACGUCCUCAUAUACACCGGCCCAGGAGCCUCUCUAUCCUCUGUACGCCAUGCCACUUGGUCUCUCCGUCGCCUCCUCGGCCCCAACUACACCGUGCAAACAAUCUCUUCCGACCAGCUCCUCAAAGAACCAUGGCUUGCGACAUGUGCUCUGCUCGUAUUCCCUGGUGGAGCAGAUGCAGGCUAUUGUCGGAUGCUGAACGGUGCUGGAAACCGAAGGAUAAAGCAAUACGUCCAGAUGGGCGGCAAGUAUCUCGGCCUCUGUGCUGGGGGAUACUACGGAGCGAGCAAAUGCGAAUUUGAAGUCGGCAAGAAAGGCAUGGAAGUUAUUGGGGAUAGAGAACUUGGCUUCUUUCCUGGAACCUGUAGAGGCCUCGCGUUUGCGGGCUUCGUUUAUCAGAGCGAGGCGGGUGCGAGGGCAGUUGAGCUACAGGUCAACCAAGAUGCCCUGACGAGUGCGGCAACACAGCACUUCAAGAGUUACUACAAUGGCGGCGGAGUCUUUGUCGAUGCCGAGAAGUUUCAAGAGCAGGGUGUGGAAGUAUUGGCGAGCUUCAAGGAGGAGUUGCAUGUCGAGGGAGGCAAAAUUAAGGCUGCUGUGGUCUUUCGGAAGGUUGGGGAGGGUGCUGCUCUUCUGACUGGGCCACAUCCAGAAUUCGCGGGCAUGAACUUGAACCGCAGCGAACCAUCAAACCCAGAUUACAGCAAGAUCGUGGACGCUCUCUUAGCGGACGACAAGUCAAGGACAGACUUCAUGAAGGCGUGCUUAACCAAACUUGGACUCCAAGUGAGCCAAGAGGAUCAAGCGGUACCGUCUCUCUCCCGUUUACAUCUCUCUUUCUCCCAGCCCGAUGAGAUUACGGACUUGCUGCAAUCCUGGCAAGAGGCGGGCAUCAUCAGUGAUGAAACGGGCGAGCAGAUCAUCAAAGGCGAGCAAGACACGUUCAAGCUCGAGAGAGAUGAUGAUCGAUGGAGCAUGAGUAGUAUGAAAGAUGCUCUGCCUUCGCCUGUCAAGAAAGCCGCAGACGUGCUCAUCGACGCUGUCACCACACCCACCAAGCCCAAAGCCAAGCCAGUCGAGGAUGAGCAAAACAAGGCUGAUUCGACCGUCGACAGAACCCCCGACUCUGAUGCCAUCACCACACGCCUCAGCCUGCACACAACCUCCUUACCAGAUCCGAAGGAUACCACCAACUUCAACCACCACGCCUUCUUCGCCAACCUCCAACACUACAAAACCAAACACCCCGGCAUCGCCGGCGACUACGGCCGCGUCCUCCUCUACGGCGAAGUUAUGACCUCAACCCAAACGCUCCUCGAAAAGAACCCAACGCUCCUCUCCACCCUCCCCAUCGGCACAACCGCCACAGCAACCACCCAAAUCUCCGCCCGCGGCCGCGGCACCAACGCCUGGGUGUCCCCACCGGGCAGCCUAAUGUUCAGCACCGUCUUCAAACACAGCCUCACGCUCUCCAGCUCCGCGCCCGUCGUCUUCGUCCAAUACCUCGCCGCCAUGGCCGUCGUGCAAGGAAUCCGCACCUACGACCGCGGCUACGAAACCCUCCCCAUCCGCCUAAAAUGGCCCAACGACGUCUACGCCCUCGACCCCGCCGCCUCACCCACCGACCCAGCCGCGUACGUCAAAAUCGGCGGCAUCCUCGUCAACACCUCCUACUCGGGCGGAGACUAUACCCUCAUCCUCGGCAUCGGCCUCAACGUCCUCGAGUCCUCCUCGCCCACAACCUCCCUCUCCCGACUCCUCCCAACCAACAAACCCCUCCCACCCCUCACCCUCGAAAAACUCCUCGCCUCCAUCCUCUCCGCCUUCGAAGCCCUCUACGCGCGUUUCUGCGUCGUGGGCUUCGACUUGCAGUUCGAGAAGGAGUACUACGAGAUGUGGCUGCACAGCGGGCAGGUUGUGACGUUGGAGAGUGAAGGGGGCGUUAAGGCGAGGAUUCAGGGCAUCACUCGGGAUUGGGGACUUUUGGUUGCGGAGGAGGUGGUUGAGCGGGGUGUGGGGAGGCGGGUGGAGUUGCAGAGUGAUAGUAAUAGUUUUGAUUUUUUGAAGGGGUUGGUUAGGAGGAAGGUGUAG